GUGCUUAAACGCGUUGCGUGUACUUCAAUAAUAAAUUGAGCUGGUGCAGCUACCGCUUAGUAUACAUACUAAUAAGAAAAAAAAAAUUUUGUAUACUUUAGUCAGCCUACUUUAAAUAUACUUUUAAACACCACAAAGUUUUCACGUCGGAACGAAGCUCAGUGAAUUUCAACAAUUGUAAAUUGAAAGUUACCUAGAAGCCAUGAAGAGCAAAGGAAUUUUAAAGACUAUUAUUUUUCUCCUCCAUAUAAUCAUAUUUUAUGAGAUUUCUGAAACGUAUGCAUUACGUGUUGCUAACUCGCUGCCAAAACAAAAUAUAAAAGAUCAUCAAGCGGAUCUUACACCAUUGGGGUCCUUCUGGCAGCAACAUGUGGCUUCUAGUAAUUCAGCUCCAUUUAAUUCACCAUUUUAUUCGGCAGCACAUGGUCUUGUGCAGACUCACCCUUCCACAAGCCAGCCAGGCCCCAUUCCACUAAAUGGCAAUAGCAUUGGUAACGGCUUACCCCCCGCAAGCGUAAUUGCUAGCAAGCCAUCCCUGACAGUGGGAAGCGGAUAUCUUAAUUCACGCGGAAGUCUACCGAACUCUGCUCGAUAUCCAACUAAUAAGAUUACAGGCACCGUGGUCGAACCAAACCCGAAGUCUCCAUUCCGACACUUAGAUUUCUCUACAAGUGCAACUGCCGAGCUGCGACGCAAUCCGGCUUUAUCUGCUCCCGAUGAAUGUGCCCGUGCAUGCCGCGAAGGCGAGCCUCCACGAAUUUGUUAUUACCAUUUUACAUUGGAGUAUUACACAGUUCUUGGCGCUGCUUGCCAGGUAUGCACUCCAAAUGCAACAAACACAGUUUGGAGCCAUUGCCAGUGUGUUUUAGCUGACGGAGUUGAACGCGGAAUUCUAACUGCAAAUCGUAUGAUACCCGGGCCUAGCAUUCAAGUAUGCGAAAACGAUAAAGUUGUUAUUGACGUAGAGAACCACAUGGAAGGAAUGGAAGUAACUAUUCAUUGGCACGGGAUAUGGCAACGAGGUUCGCAGUAUUACGAUGGCGUUCCGUUCGUCACGCAGUGUCCUAUUCAGCAGGGUAAUACAUUCCGAUAUCAGUGGACAGGGAACGCCGGUACACACUUCUGGCAUGCUCAUACUGGUCUACAGAAACUAGAUGGACUUUAUGGUAGCGUCGUUGUUCGCCAGCCACCUUCUCGGGACCCUAACUCUCAUUUAUAUGACUUUGAUUUAACAACCCAUAUAAUGCUUAUCAGUGACUGGUUGCAUGAAGAUGCUGCAGAACGGUAUCCGGGACGUUUAGCUGUUAACACAGGACAAGACCCGGAGUCCAUGUUGAUCAAUGGCAAAGGCCAGUUUCGUGACCCUAACACUGGUUUUAUGACAAACACACCUUUGGAAAUAUAUACAAUUACACCAGGCCGUCGUUACCGAUUCCGGAUGAUAAACGCAUUUGCUUCAGUCUGUCCAGCACAAGUAACUAUAGAAGGCCAUGGCAUGACGGUUAUAGCAACCGAUGGUGAGCCUGUGCACCCUGUUGAUGUCAACACAAUUAUUUCAUUCUCAGGUGAGCGCUACGAUUUCGUAAUAACUGCGGAUCAACCUGUUGGAGCUUAUUGGAUACAGCUACGAGGACUUGGGGAGUGUGGUAUUCGCCGCGCACAGCAACUGGCUAUCCUGCGGUACGCCCGUGGACCUUAUCAGCCAGUCUCUUCGCCGCCAACAUAUGACGUUGGAAUUCCGCAAGGUGUGGUUAUGAAUCCCUUGGACGCUCAAUGCAACCGGCAACGAAACGAUGCCAUAUGCGUAAGCCAACUUAAAAACGCUCUUGAGAUUGAUCGUGGCAUAUUGGCAGAGAAGCCAGACGUAAAGAUUUUUCUACCGUUUCGCUUUUUUGUAUACCGAGCUGAAGAUCUUUUCCAACCGAACACAUAUAACAGAUUUUUGGUGGCACCCACCGGAGACCAUGUAAUUUCACUUAUCGAUGAGAUUUCAUACCUAUCGGCACCAGCGCCACUGACAUCUCAAUAUAAUGAUAUAAACCCAGAACAAUUUUGCAACGGAGACAAUCGUCCCGCGGACUGUGGACCAAACUGCAUGUGCACUCAUAAGAUUGAUAUUCCACUCAACGCAAUUGUGGAAGUAGUUCUAGUUGAUGAAGUUCAACAGCCCAACUUGUCACAUCCUUUCCAUUUGCAUGGAUACGGAUUUAGUGUCAUUGGUAUUGGCCGAUCCCCGGAUUCAUCAGUGAAGAAGAUAAAUUUAAAGCACGCAUUGGACCUAGACCGCCGGGGACUUUUACACAGACAAUAUAAUUUGCCACCAACAAAGGAUACAAUUGCAGUACCGAACAACGGUUACGUUGUUCUACGUUUUAGAGCUGACAACCCUGGCUUCUGGCUCUUCCACUGUCAUUUUCUGUUCCACAUUGUCAUUGGUAUGAACUUGAUUUUGCAGGUCGGCAGUAACGCUGAUCUGCCACCGGUGCCUCCAGGUUUUCCAACAUGUGGGGACCACACUCCACCUAUUCCAAUAAACUAAGACUAAAUCGUGACGACUAAACCUUAAACAAAUACACGUGGCAAAGCAUUUAAAAUCGAGCAACACAAUUUUAUAGAAGCAAGGAAAGACCUACAUACUGAUUGAACAGAUUGUAAAAAGUUUCCCUAUCACACUAUGUUUAACAAAAUUGUAUAUACUCUUAUUGAAAUACCACGUAGCAUAGCUUUUCUAUCCACUAAUCAAAACAUUGCCAAUGUCAACAUAUUAUUGAAAUAUUAUUCCAAUGAAUAUUUACUAUUAACCCAGAAGCUUAUUGACAAAUGUAUAUAGGUAAAAUCAUGUGUGUAUUUGUAGGUACUAAAAAUGCAAUACAAUUAUUUAAUUUUAUGUUAUGUUUAAAAUGCCUGCAAGCGACCAUUCUCAUCCUUUUGUUUUCCUUUCUGUAAAUGAAUUGUAGUAUAUUUUAAACAUUAUAUAGUAGCUUACCCGUUUUUAAAAUACUUUCAUGUAUUGUGUUCAAAAUAAAAGAUGUAUAAUUAAUAAUGAUAUUUUUUAAUAAAAGGUUUACAUUUUAUAAA